AUGGAUAGAAUAUCAUCAAGAAAGAUUUUAGAAGAUGUAGUUGUUAUUUGGCUUUAUCCAACAAAUGAUGAUGAUAUCCAACAGUUACAUCGAACUGUUGGUUGCGUACAAGUAUUUGAUAAUGAAGAGUCUUUCCUAAAUUGUGUUGUUGAUUUGGGUGAUGAACAUAUUGUAUUGAUUACAAACAAAGAUCUCAGGGAAUCAACUAUUGAACUGUUAUGUCAAAUGUCACAAAUUGACUCAAUAUAUUUGCUCGCUUCAAAUGACGGAUCGAAUUUGGUUUCUUCUCUUCGAAAAUUUAAAGGUGUUGCUCCCAAUUAUGAAACAUUAUAUGAGUCAAUCCGAGAAGAUAUUCGCCGCAAUGAAUAUGGAAAUGUUACAUUCAAUCUGAUUACACGAGAUUUAUUCACAUGUUCUAAUGAGCAACUAAACCGACAAGAAGCGGCGUUUAUGUAUACUCAACUACUAAAAGAUAUAUUCAUUGAGAUGAAAAAUGAUAGUAAAGAAGAGAUGAUCGCAUUUUUCCGCGAACAAUAUGCUGAUAAUGUUCCUGCUUUGCAAUUUAUCAAUGACUUCGAAAAGAACUAUCAAUCACAUGAAGCAAUAAAAUGGUACACACGUGAAAGUUUCCUCUAUAAAAUCCUAAAUAGGGCACUUCGAACACAAAAUGUCGGAGUUUUAUAUAAACUGCGAACAUUCAUCCGUAAUUUACACUUUCAUCUAAUCCAAUGUUAUGAACAGCAAAAGAGCGAUUCACCCGUAUCGGUUGUCUAUCGUGGCCAACGUAUGUCCAAAGAAGAGUUCGAAAAGGUUCGGAAUAACAAAGGCGGUCUGCUAUCUAUAUCGAAUUUUUUCUCUACGACCGAAGAUCUGUCAUUAGCAACGAUAUACGCAGGUGUAACAAGCGACGAAGAAACUGCUAUGAUAUUUGAAAUUUCUCUAGAUUCAUCUUUAACGGAUCAAACGAAUCCUUUCGCGAAUAUACAACAGUUUAGUACGUUUGGACAAACCGAAAAGGAGUGGUUAUUCACCUUUGGUAGUGUUUUUCGAAUUGUUGAUAUAAAGAAAGGUAUGAACAAUGAACCGUGGUAUAUUCAUUUAAUACUAACCAAUGAAUUUGAUCAACAAUUACAAAUGAUGACGGAGCAUUUUCGAAGUGAUAUUUCGGUUGGAUUACUUGUGCCUGCUCACUCUUUAGCGAAAUUAUCUUAUAAAAUGGGUGGCUAUUUGCUCGCAAUUGAAUUCUAUUUGUUGGCUUUGAAAUCGGAAUCAGCAUCACGAGGACAAAUUAUGAUUCUUAAAGAACUCGGACAAACUUAUGAACAUCUUGCUCUUUAUGAGAAGACAUUCGACUGCUUGAGAAAAGCACUUUCCCUACAUGAAAAAUUGCAUGAAAAGCAAAAGAAUGAUUACCAUCGGUUAGCAGCGAUCUAUAUCAGUCUGGCUGCGAUCUGUAAAAAUGACAAACAGGACAAAAAGCAAUCUCUUCACUAUUUAAAUGAAGCACUGCAAAUUGAAUCGAAUCUCGAGCAGCCAAAUAAGGAAAAUGUUCUCAACUGUUAUAAUGAUAUCGGCUUUAUCCAUUUUACAGAGAAAGAGUAUGAUAAAUGCCUUUUGAAUUAUCAAAAGGCACUUGAUAUAUCUAUAGAGAUCUAUCCGGCAACUCAUCCAAAUAUUGGUGUAAUACAUAUGAAUAUGGGUAAUGCAUAUCAAGCGCAGAAACACUCGAAAGAAGCUCUAGAACAUAUGAAAAAAUCGCUCGACAUUCAACUUGCUUCUCUUCCGGGUGAUCAUCCCGAUAUUGCCAGAUCUUUUAAUAAUAUAUCAAGUAUAUAUCAUGCGCUAGGUCAAUAUAAUGAUGCGUUGGCCUAUUGUCGAAAUGCAUUGAAUAUCUAUUUGAAACGUAUGCCACCAAAUCAUCCUAAUCUGACUAUUUUAUAUAAUAAUAUGAUCGAACUCUGCGACAAAUUAAGUCGAUUGAACGAAUCAUUAGAUUAUCGAUAUAAACAAUUAGAUAUCUAUGAGGCUACAUUACAAUCUGAUGAUACGAAGAUCGGCAUUGCGUACAAUUCCAUCGCUGCUACAUUAUCCUUUCUUCGACGUUUUGAUGAAGCAGCAGAAUACGCACUCAAAGCUGUGGAAUUCACCACCCGUGUUUUUGGUACAAAUCAUCCGGCUACGAAGACUUGUGCAAAAAAUCUCGAGGACAUCUUGAAUCAUUCAUGA